UCUCUCUCUCUCAUCCACUCUCUGACAUUCUAAGCCGACGCUUUGUCUCUCUCUCACCUCUCUCUCUCUCUUAUAAAAGUUCCCCAAAUAGCUCAACAACUUCGUACUCUCGCUCUCUCUCCUCUCUCUUUCUCUCUCUAAAAUGGAUGAGCUCAGAGAACAAGGUGAAGUUUUUAAUGGCGGCCAUCUGAAGCCGCCUGAGAUUCCAUCGGACCCAAUGGAGUUCCUCUCUCGGUCUUGGAGCGUGUCAGCGCUCGAGGUCUCAAAGGCUUUGGCAGCUCCUCAUGAUGACGUGGCAGAGCCGAUAGCGGAGGAGGCUGAUGAGCUGGAUUCAGUCGCUGUUGCUCGAAAUAAUUUUUCUUUUGCUUCUUCUGCCACCUCUCAGCUGGUUUUGGAGAGGAUAAUGUCUCAAUCUGAAAUAUCACCACUGACAUCAGGCCGCCUCUCACACAGCAGCGGCCCAUUAAACGGAGGCAGCUCUCUCUCCGACAGUCCUCCAGUUUCUCCUUCAGAGUUGGAAGACAUUAAUAAGUACUGCAGAACAACCAAACCCCAACAACAGCCCCACUACAGAGUGGGCACCACGAAGACAGUAGGCCGAUGGCUGAAAGACAGGCGAGAGAAGAAGAAGGAAGAAGCCCGCGCCCACAACGCACAGCUCCACGCGGCCGUCUCUGUUGCCGGAGUCGCUGCUGCCGUGGCGGCUGUGCGGCAGCGACCGGCAGCGGCUUCGGGGAAUGGUAAGGAUGAUAGGGCUGCUAGGACGGACAUGGCGGUGGCGUCGGCGGCAACGCUUGUGGCGGCGCAGUGUGUCGAGGCUGCAGAGGCGUUGGGGGCUGAAAGGGAGCAUUUGGCAUCGGUUGUGGGGUCGGCGGUGAGCGUGAGGUCGCCGGGAGAUAUUGUCACAUUGACAGCUGCAGCAGCUACUGCAUUGAGAGGAGCAGCAACAUUGAAGGCAAGGGCACUCAAGGAGGUGUGGAAUGUGGCUGCAGUAAUUCCCGUAGAAAAAGGAGGUUUGGGAAGCAAUCACGGCCAUUAUCGCGAUAGUCAACUCCACAGUAGGAAAUCAGAAGGAAAUGAUGGUGGCCAUGGUGGAUUCAGCGGCGAACUUUCACCUGACGACAACUUCUUGGGUCUCUGUAGUCAAGAACUCUUAGGUCGUGGCUCUGAAUUACUAAAACGUACCAGAAAAGGUUCUCUGCAUUGGAAGCUCGUCUCCGUUUAUAUCAAUCAAAUGGGUCAGGUGAUGCUUAAAACUAAGAGCAGGCAUGUAGCCGGAACAAUCACCAAGAAGAAAAAAAGUGUGAUCAUAGACAUUUGCAAGGAUCUUCAAGCUUGGCCAGGCCGUCACCUUCUAGAACAUGGAGAGCAGCGGCGAUAUUUUGGCCUUAAAACCGCUGAGAAUCGAGUUAUUGAAUUCGAAUGCGGAGGGCAGAGAGAGUAUGAAAUGUGGACUCAGGGAGUAUCAAGACUCUUGAGCAUAGUUAAUGGCGGUAGGAGGAGACCAAUCUAAACCUCUUUAUGUGUUGAUGUUAUGUGGGGUUCCAUGUCUCUUUGUUACAUUGUAUAAAGGAAAAGGGGGGAAAUUAAGUAGGGUUCUUCAUUAGAUCUCUCUUUUGCCGUUUAUUUUUCUCUCUCUCUCAUGCUGCUACAACUUUGUAUACCCUAUCUUCUAUGUAAAAAGCAAAAGCUAUGGUCUCUCUU